CCUCUUGGUUUAUUGCAUCCACUAGGGAGGGGAUGUCCGGCAGAGUCUAGGAGGUGGUAAAUUCCUCUCUGAGAGGCAGUGGUAAUAUCAGCCUCUUUAAAAGAGGCAGUAAUCAGGUGCUCCUGAAGAAACCCAACCUGGAUCGAGAAGGCAGAAGGUGAAGAAGAUUGUCACUCUGACAUGGUAAGAGUGGAUGACAAUGAAAGAUCUGGUGAAGCAAAUCUUCAGGCAGAGCUCCAGAUGUUCAGAGCACAGUGGAUGUUUGAACUUACCCCAGGGGUGAGCUCUUCGGGUUUGGAAGCGCGAUCCUGCAGAACGUCGGCAAGAGGGCCUUCAAUAAAGGCUGUAGAUACCAAAGGAAAGCUGGAACUAGCUAAAGAGGAAAAGGCAAGAGAACUUUUCCUGAAGGCAGUGGAACAAGAACAGAAUGGGGCUCUUUAUGAAGCUAUUAAGUUCUACCGUCUGGCUAUGCAACUGGUCCCAGAUAUUGAGUUUAAAAUCACCUACACCCGAUCUCCAGAUGGUGACAAUAUUGGGAAAAGCUACAUUGACGAUAAUGAGGAAGAUAGCAAGAUGGCUGACCUUCUGUCCUACUUUCAGCAACAAUUCACUCUUCAGGAAUUAUCCAUCAAACUGUGUCAGCCUGAGCUUGAGGUGAAUCAGACUCAUAUCUCAGUGUUGCCUAUGGAGCUAUUGAUGUAUAUUUUUCGAUGGGUGGUCUCCAGUGAUCUGGACCUGAGGUCUUUAGAACAGUUAUCGUUGGUCUGCAGAGGUUUUUACAUUUGCGCCAGGGACCCUGAAAUCUGGCGCCAGGCCUGUUUGAAGGUUUGGGGCAGGACCUGUAACAAAGUCGUUCCUUACACCUCAUGGAGGGAAAUGUUUUUGAAAAGGCCCAGAGUUCGAUUUGAUGGUGUGUAUAUCAGCAAGACAACAUACAUACGUCAAGGAGAACAAUCUCUUGAUGGCUUCUAUAGGGCAUGGCACCAAGUGGACUAUUACAGGUACCUGAGAUUCUUCCCUGAUGGCCAUGUAAUGAUGCUAACAACUCCAGAAGAACCUCAGUCUAUUGUUCCUCGUUUACGAACUAAAAACACAAGAACUGAUGCAAUCCUGCUUGGUCAUUAUCGCCUUUCCCAGGAUACGGACAAUCAAACCAAAGUAUUUGCUGUAAUGACAAAGAAGAAGGAAGAGAAACCAAUUGAUUACCACAAGUACAGAUAUUUCUGUCGUGUCCCUGUGCAAGAGACUGAACACAGCUUUCAUGUAGGGCUACAGCUGUGUUCAAGUGGCCGGCAGAGAUUCAACAAACUUGUUUGGAUUCAUCACUCUUGUCAUAUUACUUACAAGUCUACUGGUGAGACUGCUGUCUCUUCUUUUGACAUUGACAAGAUGUACACCCCUUUGUUCUUUGCACGAGUGAAGAGCUUUACUGCAUUUUCAGAAAGGCCUCUCUAAGAAGGUCACAUCUCUUGCAUGAAGAAAUUACAGCAAACAACACUUAAGUUAUAAAUGUGUAUAUAUAUAUUUGAAUUUUAUUUUAAAAUUGGGGGAUCUUUUUGGAAGAAUAUAUACUGGAAAUACAUUUGAUUUAGGGUGGCAGGGUUAUUUUAUCGGUUUUGAAGUCCAAGUUUACACAUUAUUUUAAACUUCUUUAUGUUGUGAAAAGACUUUGAUAACAUAAAAAGGCAUUUUUGCCAUGUCAUUUUAUGAGCAAAUUUAUAAGCUGUUCUCUUUCCAGCGUAAGGCUUCAUCUGCCUAUGCACCUUAAGUUCAGGAAUCAUUAUAAACCUACUGCUGUACAUAAGUCAUGGCGUGCGUGCUUUAGGGGAAGGCUAAAAAUGUGAAGAAUUUGUCCUGCAUCUGUGCGUGGCCUAAAUACACGUAAAAUAAAUGUUUACUUUGAGAUACAUGUAUUUGGGUUGCCUUUCAAGAAGAGGUGUUGACUUCGGUGUAAACUGCAGCCUUAUGAAAACAUUAAGCAAGGUCAAGCAAAGUUGGAAAUUCUGCUCCAGUGUUUUUGGAAUUACAUUGUUUCAUUCAAUCACAAUAGUUAAACCAGCGAAUUUUAUAUUGUAAGGGAUGGAAGUUGAGAGGAAUGUCAGAUUGGGGAACUGGCUGUCUUUCUCUUCUUGAUCCAGGAAAGGUAUUCUGGAGAGAUAGUAACUCUUAAGAGUGCUGAACUUCAGUUUGUAUUGUUUGAAUUCUGUUAUGCAAAUGAGAAUAGGGCUGUAUUCAAGUAUGUUUGUCCUUUCUUUAACUUCAUCUAACUGCUUAAAAUACUGCACAUCCCUUGGGUAUUUUGUCACACUAAUUUUUGCUUUUUGGGACUCAUACAGAUGUUCAGGUACUGUGUGCUGCUUCUCCUGUGUAUGUAUUUGGGAGUUGGAUGCAACUGCUGUAUGAUGCUUAUCAUAAAUAUGUACUUUCAAACAUAAAACUAAAAUUCUAAUUAUUAUUUUUUGCCAAGUUGUAUAACAUUUUGUUCUUCCUUUACAAUUGAGCACAACCCUUUAAAAUGCUGAAUUAAAUUAAUAAAUAAUAUAUCACAUGGUUCUUCCAAGAUGUUCAGAAUGAAA